AUGUCGUCAACAAUUGCACCCGACGUUCCCAAGAAGAUGAAGGCGCUUCGCAUCGAGGAGUUCAACGCUGAUCCGCCCUAUGUGCUGCGCGACGACGUGCCCGUGCCCGAGAUCGGACCCAACGACGUGCUCCUUCGCAUUGCGACCGCCGGCUACUGUCACACGGAGAUGAUGGUGGCGCGAGGAGAGUUUGCUGGCAAGGCACGCAACCCAUUGCCCCUCAUCCCAUCGCACGAGCCUACCGGUGUGGUCGUUGGACUCGGCUCGAAUGCCGCUUCAAACGCUGCUGGUGGCAAGCGAAGCGACGAUGGCCAGAAUAACAACGUGCCGCUCAAGCUGGGCGAUCGCGUUGGCAGCAUCACCUUCCGCGACUUUUGCGGUGAAUGCAGCGAAUGCAAGCGUGGCACACCACGCUACUGUCAGAAUCAGGACAUGGUCGGUGUGACCGCAGACGGAGCUUUUGCGGAAUACAUGCUUGCCGACUAUCGAUCCUGCGUGGUGCUCCCAGAGUCGCUCGACUUUGACUCGGCUGCACCACUCUUUUGCGCCGGCGCAACCAUCUACACUGCGAUCGUCAAGUGUGGGCUCAAGCAAGGCCAAACUCUUGCCAUUAUUGGCGCAGGUGCGCUGGGUCAUCUCGGUGUUCAAUUUGGCAAAUGCCUCGGGUACAAGGUCUGGCUCUUCGAUGCACGAGAUGCGCCAUUGGAGAUGUGCAAGUCGCUGCCCUAUCCUCCAGACAAGACGGUCAACUCGGGCAAGAUCGACGGUCACGACGCCAAUGCUGUCGAUGAGCUCGUCAAGACCCAGCUGGACGGCGAGAGAGCCGAUGCUGUGAUCAUGUGCACCGACGUGAUCCCCGCCUAUGAGUUUGGGCUUGCCAUCACGAAGAACCACGGUCUCUUCAUGGUGGUUGGACAGCCGAACGACCCCAUCCCCAUCCACUACGACCACUUCAUCUUCCGCGACAUCACCGUCAAGGGCAGCCUGCUGGGCGAUCCCGAGACCACACAAGAGAUGUGCGAGCUGGUCGCAAAGCAUAAGAUUCAGGUCAAGACCAUCGCCUAUCCGCUCGAGGAGGUCGACAAGAUGCGUGACGACUACGCCAAGCCGGAGCAUCAAGGAAAGAUGGUCAUCCACGUCAAUGCUGAUCUUUGA